AGCCAUUUUUGCUUUUAUCAAUCUUUCCCUCGUGUCACUAUCAGUACUCUAAUAUCUCGUUGCGAUGAAAUUCGAGGUUGUGUGGAAAUCAUCACACUACCACUCCGAUGGUCGUCGCCGGAGCAGACCUAAACCUUCAGUCUUCCAUGGAUGGCUAGUCAAAUGGCGCGCUACAUUUAGUGGAAAUGAGCAACUUCGACGAGAAGGCAUACGCGAAAUGCGCGAAGCUAAAGCCAUCAAACGACAGAAGAAGGUUGCGAAGAGAGCCAAAAACGACCGGGCAAAGCCGGGACUAUUCUCAUGGUUCAGCUUUGGAAAUACAAAAAAGACAAGACGGGCUCUUAGACCCGACGGACUGGCUCGAAGCUCUCACAGUUCUCAUAAGAGCAACAGCAGCCGACAAGCGGCUCGGAUCAGCCGACGACCUACAAGACAAACUUCACGACAACCGUCAUAUAAUUCUAAACGAGGUGUCGCGCGAAUGAGGUCUUCCAGAAAAUGAUCACGCUACAUCCUGACGUGUUGAGGUACUAUCUAUUAUCAUAUUAUGUAUUUGAACACACCACCUGCAGGGACUUAUUUAUCUCGGAAGUUAUGCUGUAACUUAUAUUUGCCUCUCUUAGGACUGUUAUUUGA